CCAUUGGAAUUUGGAUCGGGUAUGACAUGAUUUUACAGUUACAUACGGAUACAAAACAUAGUUUUAUAACAAGGUAUCGGUAUAAAAAUAAUCAUACCCGACCCGUUUUCAAUCCAUGAUACCAUUUUCAGCCCUAAAUAGCAUAGAAAUAUAUACCGCAGUUAAAACGUAACAAAUAACCGUCCCAUGGAGGUCGCCGAUGAACUCGCAGCCGCCAUCGGCGCUGAUCCCGAUGAAGACUUCGCCUUUCAACUUCAAAUGCAAGAAGCGGUAACAGCCUCUUUAACCCCAAAACCUUCUUCAUCAUCGUCAUCAAACGACGACGUUUUUAAGGUUUAUUUCAAGGGUUUGGUGAGUGAUGAAACUGUUUCGAAUGUUAAAAUGUCGUUUGCUGGAAUUGGGGUAGCGGUUUUUGAUGCAAGCGAUUGUUGUUUAGUUAAGGCGCGAAAAUCAUAUUUGGUUGACGCUGAUAGUCCUGGAACCGAAGAUGAACUAGUGGAACUUGAAGGUUUAAUCGAAGCCUUGAAUGUUGCUGUUAAUCAUGGGUUGAAACGGGUUCGGGUUUUCAGUGAUUGCAAUUCGGGUUAUCGUUAUCUGACUCGUAAAAGGAAACGAACAAGCAGCAAGAUUGCGACACUGAUCGAUCAACUGAACGAUAUUCAAAGUAAGUUCAUAUACUAUGAGCGGUUUCAUGUGAAGAAAAACGAUAUCAGGUUUGUUUACGAACUAGCAAGAGACGCAAUCACAUUUGAGGCCGCCAAUUGGGACAACAGCGAUUCUGGCAUGACAAUAACCGAGCAAUGCACAAUUUGUUUUGAAUACGUCGUCAGUGAUCAGAUAUUUUCAGUCAACAAAUGUCUGCACCGAUAUUGCUUUUCUUGUAUGAGAAAACACGCAGAAGCAAAGUUACUACAAGGAAAGUUGCCCGAAUGCCCACAUGAAAAAUGUGAAUCCAAAAUCGAAAUUGAAAGCUGCAAGAAGCUUCUAGAACCAGAAUUGUAUAAAAUUUUGAGGUCACGCGUAAAAGAAGCUUCUAUUCGUCCUUCGGACAAAGUUUAUUGCCCGUUUUCGAACUGUUCUGCUUUAAUGUCGAAAGACGAGGUUAAAGAACAUACACCGGCUUCAUCAUCAUCAUCAUCUACUGCUGCCGGAGAAAGUGGAAUGAGAAAGUGCGUUGAAUGUAACUGUCGUUUUUGUAUAAACUGCAAAGUGCCUUGGCAUGACAACGUUACUUGCUCGGAUUACAUGAAGUCGUUCCUGUUUCAGUCUUCUAAUGAGGCGAAACUAAAGUCGCUGGCGACAAAAGAAGGUUGGCGCGAGUGUAAAAAUUGCAUGAAUUUAGUUGAACUUGCGAGCGGGUGUUACCAUAUUGAUUGCAGAUGCGGAUAUCAGUUUUGCUACACGUGUGGAGCGGAGUGGGUUGACAAGAAACAGACGUGCGGGUGUCGGCUCUGGGAUGAGCAUAACAUUAUCUAUGCGUAGCGGCGUUGAAAUGGCCCAUGAUAUUGGUGGUUGGUUUGUAUGGCAAGACUGUUUUGACCAAGUGUUUACAGUACAGCCUUUUGACUUCUAACAAAAUACGAGAUUACUCUUUUCGCUAUUUUUAUUGUUUUCUAACAUCAGUUUGAUACGUUA